CUAGAUUGUAAGACAUGAUUUGAUAUCGAAAUGUUUCCUCUAAAUGAGUUUUACUUUCGUACUUUUAUUAUUGUUUUUCAGACUACCGGUGAUACAUCUAAAGAAACGAAAAAUAAAAAAGAACCUCUUCAUGUAGCUGCGGAAAAGGGGUACUUGGAAUGUUUAAAUAUUUUAAUAAAGAAAACAUCUGAUUUAUGUACAAAAUGCGAAAAUGGAAAGACAGCAUUGCAUCUUGCAGCUGCAAAAGGAAGAAUAAGGGUUGUAGAACGUUUGAUUGAGGAGGAACCGAAGCUGAUGUAUAUGAAUGACAAAUCAAAACGUACAGCACUCCACGACGCAAUCAAACAUGUCAAAGUCGUUGAGAUCCUUUUAGAUGAAGGUGCAAAAAUAAACACCAAAGACAAAAAUGGCAGAACACCAUUAAGUUAUGCAGCCGAAAAUGGAAUGUUAGAAUGCGCAAUAAAGCUGGUAGAAAGUGGCGCUGAUAUAAAUUUGGAAGAUAACAAUAAGAUGGGACCUAUCCAUUUUGCUGCGCAAAAAGGUCAAACGGAAGUUUUCUAUAAGCUCGCAAGUUCAAAAAAGAUUGAUCUUGAUAAACCAGCAAUAAAUUGUUUAGAUCUAGCGAUUGAUAAUAACCACGUGGAAACAGUUCUUAGGAUAUUUCAACUUGAGAACUCCAAAUGGACAAAAAUGCUGCGAUCAAGAUCAAAAUUAAAUGACUCGGAUGAGUUUCAUGACACACCAAUGAGAAAGCUAAUCAGACAAAUGCCUGAGGCAGCCAUGGAAGUAUUCAAUCAUUGCACAAAAAUGUCGAAGGCGAGCAGCAAGCAAUUUGAAGUAACAUUCAAUUAUGAAUUUCUUGAUGACACUUACCAGCUUGGAACUUGGAGAAAACACAUAACUCCAAGUAAACAAGCUAGCAAAAACGAAGACUCAAAGCAUUCCAAAGAUUCGGAAACGAAACAGAGCAUUGACCAGAAACAUUCUAAAGAUUCGGAUACGAGGCAGAGCAGUAAACCAUACACCGAGAAAACAAACAUUAUCAAAGAAAACCACCCUCUAAUGAUUAUGGUCGCAUUCAAACGAAUAGAAUUGUUAGACCACCCAUUAGUGUCAGCCCUUCUUAAGAGGAAAUGGAUAAGCAUCGGUCUUGUUUUAAACAUCCUAAUUGUUUUGCUGUAUGCAAUUUUUCUUGCAUUGCUUACUGGCUUCACGCUUGAUGUACGUGCCCCAUAUCAGUUUCAGAGAUUUUCUGUUUGUUCAGAUUUAACAAACGAGAGUAUUUCUGUAUUCGCAUCUUUUGCGAAGUACGGAGUCAUGGCAUUGGCUUCGAUAAUAUUGCUCAUUCAGAUACUCGACAUGAAACAAAUGUUCUCCUGGAAAGUAUGGUUUUACUUUUUGGAAAUUGAAAAUGUUAUUAAAUGGAUAACCUGCAUCACUGCAAUUAUAUUUGUGGCCAAUACAUGCGGAUGUAGCGAUUCUGGUUAUCGGCUGCAAUGGCAAUGGAUUUGCGGAACGGUAUCCGUCUUCCUCGCUUGGAUCAAUAUGUUAUUUAUCAUUCAGAAAUUCGAAUGGUUAGGUAUAUAUGUAGUUAUGUUGUACCGGAUCAUCAAAGUGUUUAUGAAGUUUCUCCUUGUAUUUUCACUCCUGAUUGUUGCCUUUGCUAUAUCGUUCCACUGCUUGUUUCAUAAUCAGGAACCGUUUAGUACAAUUUGGACAUCACUGAGAACAACCUCAAUGAUGAUUGGUGGUCCGGACUUUGUUUCAACGUUUCUAGACGAUACUGUUCUUUAUGAAAUAAUGAGUAAUGUGUUCCUCGUCAUCUUCAUGUUGUUUAUGGCUAUUGUAGUCAUCAACUUACUGGUUGGUUUAGCAGUAGAUAAUAUACAUGAAUUCCAAAAAAAGGCUGAUCUUGCUAAAAAGCAAAUGCAGGUCAAGUUUGCUCUAGAGUUAGAAAGCACUUUUAUAAAAAAUAUAAAAUGCUUGUGUUUCAAGUGUAAAAGUAACAAUGAGAGCAUAGAGAAGCUGAUGCCAAACAAGUUAUCCUGGUUUAAAAAAAAGAUUGGUGAAUCUUGGAAAUUAACUGAGCGGGACAUAAAGGCAGCCAUGAGUUCUGAAAAG